AUGAAGCCGGAAUCCUUGUCCUCGUCAUCCCUUCACUCUUCUCAACCGGAUGUAUCAUCAGAACAUGACUCCGACCAAAAAUCAGACACCGUAAACGUUCGAAAAAGAAAACAGCCUGACCUAGAUACAAACAUAACAAAGGCGCUGGACACGUUUAUGGCAAAUAUGCAAAAGUCACUUAACGAUUUCAAGACUGACGUAAAGGCAGAUCUUAACAGCUUACGCUUAGACUACGCUGAGAUCAAGAACUCGUUAGAGACCACCAACACCAAGCAGAACGAGCUAAGCCAAACGCUUUCAGAGGUACGUACCAGCUUAGAUUUCUUCUCUGACCGCCAAGACAAGCUUGAAAAACGGGUAGAAUCAGCUGAAAAAUACAUCGACACCCAAAAAAAAGGAGCUCACUCUUUUUUAGAUGUAAAAAAGAGUGUUAUCGAGCUGCAAUUACAAUUAAACGACUACCAGCAACGCGAGCGAAUUAAUAAUUUGGAAAUUACUGGAUUACCUGAGCAUGCCGCAGAAAAUCUCAUGGAUAUAAUGAUAGCAAUCGCCAAAAUCAGCGGUGUCACUCUCUCCAAGGACGACAUCGAGCAUGUCAACCGAGUAAAACCUCGUCAAACUGUCGAAGGCAGGCCCCGAGCUGUCAUAGCCAAACUCAAGAAAAGGAGCAAGAAUCGUGGAAUUACGACAGAAGACAUCGAAUUACCAGGUGGCCGCAAGCCCAUUUACAUCAACGAGCAUUUGACUCCAGUUAACAAGGCCCUGCUGAAGAAAACCCGAGACGCUGCCGCUGACAAGCACUACGAGUUCGUUUGGACAAAAAACUGUCAAAUAUUGGCACGCAAAAACCAGGGAGCCCCGGCUUUACACCUCCGAACGGAAGAAGACCUGCGAAAAAUCCGUUAA